AUUAUAUUUUGUUGAGUAAAACAAGAACAUUCUAUUUCAUUUUUACUUGAGGAACUUGACUUUGAUUAACUUUCAUUUGGUUUUUAAGCAACUGAAAACCUUGACUAGAAUUAUUUUUCCUAUUAAAACUCUACUGUUGUUAAUGACCUUGAAAAUACCUUUUUUGUAUUGAUUUUGGUGUAAUCUGCCAAGAAAUAUCAUUCAAUGUGUCCGCGAAAUCACUACGUUAUUACUGGAGGAGGUGGAUUCCUUGGUGCUCAUCUUAUAGCAGCUCUUCAGAAAAAUGGGGAUCGUACCAAAUGCAUUGUCGUUGAUCCGAAUCCUCGAUUAUCCCAUUUUUCAGCUAUAGACUUUGAUAAAAGUCUUGUGGAAUAUGAAAAAGGCUCAUUCCUUGAUAGAAAAGUGCUUGAACGCGUUCUACCGAACGCUAUUACAGUAUUUCAUCUAUGUGCAAUUGGGCACACCGGAUGGUUUGGGGCCCAAAAACAUCGUGAAUAUGUGUACGCAUUCAAUGUAACUGGCACAAAAUUUCUGAUUGAAAAGUGUAAAUUUUUUGGUGUUCCAAGAUUUAUCUACUCUUCAAGUAUUGCUGUAGUGUUUGUGGGAAAACCAAUUUACAAUUGUGACGAAUCGGAACCCUACCCUUUGAAAUCGGAAUAUCUUGAUAUUUACUCGUCUUCAAAAGCAGAAGCUGAAGCGUUUGUGCGGUCUCAGUCUACUAUACAAUUUAAAACAACUUGCUUGCGAUUUCGAGCAAUUUAUGGCCCUCAAGAUGUGACAGUUGCUGAGAAAGUUGUUCAAAUGGUCCGUAAAAACUUGUUUAUGGUCAAAAUAUCUCGCCAUGGUCGGGAGUCUGUUUCAAACAUGAGCAGUGGCGAAAACUGUGGACUUGCUCUUCAUCUGGCAAAUCAAGAGCUAUCAAAAAAAGAGGGCUCUCAUGGAGAAGUUAGUCAAAUUUUAAAAGUUUUAAAUGUCCAUAGAUUUCAGGUGUAUUUCAUAACAGAUGGUGAGACAGUCGGCCAGUACUCAGUUUGGUCCCCUUUAAUAAAAGCUCUUGGCAAGACACCACCUCAUCAUUUUGUUUCGUGUCUACUUGUUUCUACAUUUGUAUCGCUUUCAUCGUAUCUCUGCUAUAAAAUUUUUAACUCAAGCCCACCGAUGACACGAUUCGAACUAGAGGUUUUGAUAACAGAUAACACAUAUUCUAUUGAAAAGGCUCGAAGAGAAUUGGGAUAUUGUCCGGAGCAAAAUCUUUUUGAAAAGGUGAAUAUUAAUUCAAUUUAG